AAGGGAUAAACAUUUUUUCAAAAGAUAUGGCAAACGAUGCAAUAAGUAAGGUUCUUGGUCCUGAUCGGGGUCAUAUUAGAGCAUUUGGAUUUGGAGUCACUACAUCGAACUUUUCUUUGUUGUCUAAAAAAGAUGACCAUUAUGCCAAACUUGAAGAAAAGUGUGAGAAGAUGGAGGUUGAAAUGACUCAAAUGAGAUCUUUAAUAUCUCACCUUCUUAAAUCACAAGGUAAUGGAAGUGACCAACUUUCUAAUGCUACAAUGAUCAAGUGGUUAACAAUGUCGCUACUAACCCGAUUGGAACUUCACCUCCGAGUAUUAAUAACAACAAUACUCUCCGCAAGUGCACAUUGCUAGAUUGGGGUGGUACAGGAGAGGUGGUUGCUGAAGGUCGAUGGUCCUCAAAUGAUCCUAAUGUUACUGUUCACCAUGUUCCUCUCGGUCCUCAUGCUGUUAGAGUUUGGGUGGACUUGCCAAAGAAGUCGGAUGCAUUUUUAUGGAGACCUAACUCAGAGAUGACAUACAUUGAGGAUGCUGUUGGAAGCGCA